GGCGGAGUGAUGAGGGACGAGUGGCAGUGGUCCCCACCCACACAUGCAUGGCGGGUUGUCCGCUCCCUCGCCCAUGUCGGUGACGCGGUCUGCUGCCGAGCUGUCAUCUUCGAUGGCAGAUGUGCAAGUAGAGGAUAUGGAGGAGGGGUGGCCUGUCCACAGCGCAACUACAUCGGCUGCCAGCUUGCAAGGUCCCUCCUUCGGUGGCGAGGAAGAUGACUUGGUUGGCGACGAUGAGGUCGAAGGUGAUGGCGGUGACAUUGAUGGGCAAAACUCUGACAACGCGCAGGAGGAUAGAGACAAUGCUAGUGCUAGGCAGAGAGAUGGGGGCGAGAAUGUGGUUGGGCCCCAAAGCGGCAAGCGUGCAAACAAACGGGGGGGCAAAGAUGGUGCUGCGAAAAACAAGAAGCAAAACAUCCCCUGGACCUUGGAUGAGAGGAUCACGCUGUCCAKAUUGAUGGYCGAGGACGACGYCGUUAUGGCCGAUGCUGACRGGCARCAUCGGUUCAAGAGGAGUAAGGACCGAUAUGAGUGGGUGCACGAUCGGAUGGCGGAGCAGGGGUUUCGGUACAGGUCGGCGGAGGAUUGUCGUAAGAAGUGGCAGGGCAUGCUAGCGGCGGCAAAGUUGAUUCUCGACAAGUGUGAGAAUGCUUCGGGGAAACCUUUGUACUGGGACAUGACCCUUGAGAAGCGGAAGGCUGAGCAGGUGCCACUAGACUUUGAGAAACCUCUGUGGGAAGCGAUGGAGUGGAAACGCAAUCGGCCAUCCAUCGAGUGUGACAAGACGCUGGCGUCCAAGAACCUGCCAGGCAACGUGGGGGGGAAUUCGACGAGCGGCGGUCCAACACAACCGUCGCCGGGAGGAGUGCUUCCGACGGCAAAGCUACGGAAGAUUCGGACCAAGCUGCGAAGAUCCGGAGGACGAACACCGCCAAAAGCAGGAUGGGCGACACGAUGAGCGGUGGGACAACAUUGAGUAGGGCGAUGGAGGACGAGACACGGUCGUACGGCAAGGGUUUGGACAAAGCCGCUGCCACUCUGGCGAAGGCAACGUCGGAGGCAGGCUCGGCAAUAGCGGCGAAGAUUGGUGACGGGGCAGAGUCAUACAAAACCCAAUUGUCUCGGUAUUUCUUACCGUGAAAACCAAGCCAAGUUUGAUUCUCAGGGAAGUACUUAUGCUUGAUUCUUUGUCGACCCCAGGUAGGGUGUCUACGAAAGACCCAUGCACGAAGUUGUCGAAAUAUCCGGAAAUCCAUACGGUGAAAGAUUGCAGAGCAUUCCGAAAACUUAAAGUAGUUUCCCCAACCUGAAAUCAACGGAACCAAAGCAC